AUGCCUCCUUCGCGACUUCCGAUUGAGCUCUGGGAGCGCGUGAUGGACGACCUCUCUGCCCAAGGCGACUCGAAGGCUCUUGGAGUGUGCAGUUUGGUCUGCAUGAGGUGGUCACGAAGGAGCGAAUUUUUGCUCUAUUCGGACGUGCGGAUCUCGGACUCCAAUUGGCAACGAUUCCUCGAGUUGUUUGCGUCGACUUCAUCCGCUGGUAUUCUGUUUUGCACAAAACGGCUCACUCUCGACAUUACAUCAACUCGCCAGCUUCACACACUCGUCACGACCAUCGCGUCCAAGUUUCCAGUUAAACCGUUCUCAUUCGUCGAGCAUGUGUCGUUGCGCAAUCUGGAUCUCACCGAACUGCCGCUAGAAGAACAAAGACAAGUCCAAGGCGCAUUGGCGCAAACGAUGAAAAACAUCUCCGCCCUGGAAUUGAACAACGCGACCUUCCAUGAUAUUCACCAUUGUGUUCGCUUCACGAGCGUAUUUCCACGACUCGCGUCCUUGGGGCUUGUGGACGUUCGUUUCCUCAAGUACUACUUCCACCACCACUUCUCGUCGAUGGGGCGGCUCAAGUUUGUAUUCUCCAUGCCUGCAUCAUGGAAAGCGUUCAAGGUCGAUGGUGGGGAGGCGGUCCCGAUAUUGCUAUGUGCGCUGUUGGCAACAGACGUUGCAGACACGGGCUUGGAACUCGAACUGUUGAAUAUCGAGGAUGGUCACCGUCUCUAUGUGGAAGAAUGUAUCGCCAUCCUUAAGUCUCGGGGUAUUGAAGUCUUGGUUUCAAAGGACUCGGGGGAUUGA